CUGAAAACGAUAAAUAUUUUCUAUAUAUAUAAUCAAAUGCGCGGGCCAGAACAAUACAUGCGCGGAAAUCUAUAGUGCAAGGAUUUCCUUGGAAAUCAGUCGAUGUAUAGGAGAGCAAUAAAAGAAAAAAAACAGUAUUGAAAAUCCCACUGAAAAUAAAGUGAUUUUGAGUUUUUAUCACUGCCAGUCGGUAUUGUAAUUGUUAAUGUGAAUUACAAAAUGUGUCGUGAGUGAAUUUACCGACUGCGACGCUACAACUGUACAUGGUAUAAGUUUAAAAUGUAAUACGGAUGGAUUAAAACUGAGGAAAAUCAUUUGAGAACUUGUUGCAUUUAUCGAUCGAUGAAGAAGAAGUGAAAACUAUUAUCAACAACGCUGGGCUUCAUAAUAUUUUCGUCUCGUUUUCGGGGUAGCAGCUGGAGUGGGGCUUGAAUUAUUGGCGAAUAUUUAUAAACUAAAUGGCAAGUGUUCCACUCAAAGCAGACUUCCUUGAGGAAGGUGUGCGACCCAGGGAUUGGGAGCCCCGGCGACGAUCCUUCAAGAUCCCCUUCAGGUUGUUUCGUCUCUGUGUCCUGGGGACGUUUUUGCCCGCGUUACUGGUCACUGGUCCGAUUUACUUGCGCUAUCACGUAUAUUCGGAUCAGCUUUAUCCCUUGGCUGCGUCUGACCAACGGUUAAUCGAUGGAAAAGUGUCGACAACUUGGUGCCAGACGCAGUUGGUGAAAGUAAAUGGAACAUUCAAUGCUUACCUGCUGGACCAGCAGCCAGAGAUCAAGGAGGAAACGGUACCCGUGGCGAUGACGAGGCACCUGGUCCUCGAGGACGACAUGAAGGAGUACUGGGGCUUUUAUCUGCUCCGAGGCAGUAGCGUCACAGUCUCAACCUGUGUAAGAUGGCCAGGUGCUUCGUUGACGAUUAUUCGGGGUCACAAGCACCUUCACGAGUGCGCGUUCAUUGGUGAUGACAGUAGUGAGGAACUCGAAGAACUCUUUGAGAUCGCCCAAGAACAGGGACUCCUAAAUCUGACCCUGCCUGAUGGGCCCAGCAAUGAACCUGAAAAGAUGAAGAGGGCGCGAGCCGGGGUCAAGUUUCACGAUGAAAGUAGAAUCCCGGGCGUUAAUCAUACCUUACCUGCAUCCAGUGGCGUGCAGCAAUUGUCGAGCCACGAGCUGGACUCCAAGCAAAUGCGGAAUAUCCUCACCCAACUCUUCGCGAAGACUCUAUCAACGAAGAAUAAGCAGAAGGAGACGCCACAUCACCACUACGAAGGAACGUACAGAGAGGUCUCGAACAUCGACCGACCACCGACUGGGAUUCCCGAGGACUAUAUGAAUCUGUUCAAUAGCGAUGAUGAACUCCUGGCGACUCAGAGCUACGCGGAGCAGACGCAGACGAUGCCGGUUCCGCGGAUACCCACGACGGAAAGAGAGACCGACGAGGAGAUCCCGAACACGACGACUGACACACGACUCGACUCGGGCGAAGUAUUCAAGGACGUGCUUGCAAAGCUUAGAUCUCUCGGACCCAGGGGCAAAACCGUGCUCAAGGAUCUAAUGGCGGAGAUCGGACCGGAGAGAGACGCGACGUCUGAGGGGCUCCGGAGGAUGGUUAACGACGCUAUUGAGGACGAUGGGAAUGUCUUGAGUGCAGAGGAGCGUAGAAGAAGGAGAAGAAGAAGGGAAAUCAUACUUUCCUCCCCGCUCAAUGCUGAACUUAACGAGGACGACGCGGAAGGAGAUGCCGCCAUCGAGGAGGGGAUGUUGAACCCGGACGGCAUAGCCGAGGAUCGUGGCACCGUGAACGAAACAACUAUGAACGAUAGAAGCAACAGCGAGUUCUGGAGUUCGUUCAGCAGCUCCGAGGAGCGUCUUCUGGAGUGCAAUGGGCUGAUUUUGAAUCUUCCACUAACGCCUCACCGUCACUGUACCCCGAAGUUCGAGGGUGACCACGUCGCCGCUUCUUUGUCCAACACCGUGACUUACAGGGUACCGACGAACGGUUACUACUUCUUUGUCUUCAAUUCCGAGAAUGAGAUCCAGCCGAACUUUAUAAGGAUACGAUUCGAGCUGCAGAAAACUUCGUACGACACGUCGAAUCCGAUGCAGUCCUGCAAGAACAGCACCGGCGCCUGUUCGCUGCCCUUGAGUUUCUUCAGCAGCCAGAAGGCGGUCCUGGAAUUACCAUUGACCGGAAAUGACUCCCAGUGGAACGAGGAGUACGUAGUGGUGUCGACUUGCGAGCCGAGGACGGCUAUCUACGUGAUUUGCAUAGUGUUAGUGCCUAUCCUAGUUCUCGUAUUCGCCUUUCAUUGAACGCCGAAGAGUCUAAGCUCUUGAUGGGAAACUUCCGGCUGUGUCUUCUAGGCGAAAAGAAUUUCUACUUCGGAAAAUAGAGAACUCUCGAUGGUUUAGCAGUGGAAGGUGAUAGUGCAAGGCGUUUAGAAUGAAGGUUCGGUAGUUCAACAAAUGAUCUCUAUACUGCAGCCGAAGAAGAAUGUCAAUUAGCGGAAAAAUUGUUUAUAUAUUUGUGCAUUCAGGGACAGAUAUAAUUAAAUAUUGUAAUUUUAUAUAUUAUCGUACUGUGGUUCUGAGCCGCAGUUGAACCCGUGUACCCAAUAAGUGAUGCUGCGUUGUGAUAUU